UGCUGCAAACUCAUAUCACGUCGUCACACUCAGACCAAGUCAACCGGGCGCGCCAGCAUGGUCUCUUUGCUGAUGCCAAAUCAUGUUGUCCUCUUUAUCGAGUGUAUCCUACGUCUAGGUGCAGUGGAUUGUGCGGAGGCGGAUCAGUGUUGUGAGUCGAUCUCGGUUUUUGCUCGGAUAUGUGUAACUCCCCUAAAUCAGAUUGUAGCAGAAAUACUGUCGCAAUUGUGUACCCAACAGCAUGCCGGUCGUGAGCGAUGUUCAGUGCCGCAUUCCUUGUACUGCUCAGACACAAAAUAUAAACUUUCCACUUCGCGCACUUCCAAACCUAAAUCAGUCCUCGACCUCUCGAAAUGCUCAAAAGAUCGUCUGCGCCUUCCUAUUAUAGCAAUGGAUGGUGCAUCACGCACGAUUGACUGCAAAGGAAACGAUGAAGUCGAGGCAGUCGGGAAUCAAUAGGGACCCUGCGCGCGAGACCGA